UUUGGCAUCUGAAACUCAUUACGAACAGACCACUCGCGGCACACUCCGGCACCAUCGCCCGCCCAUCCAACCACCACGUACCACCCACCAUCCCCGGCGUUAGAGCUCUCAAAACUCCCGUGCCAUGGGCCGUGGUGGAGACUUCCUCACACCUUCAACGUGCUCGGCCUCGGCUUGGAUAACCCGGGAACGCGACACUGCCUGCCCUCUGCCUUGGAGAGGCCGAGAUUCGUGAUGUUCACUCUACAGAUGGUGUGGGUGCAGGACAUGACGUCGCAGCACGAGCGGGUGCUGGAACGCCAGGGAGGUGCCGCCACGCAGAUCGAGCUGGAGGAGGAGUCUAGCGCCGUGGCGGUGGCGGCUGCGUCGGGCUCAUCUCCGGCGCGCUCGCCCAGCGAGUCGGAGCCCUUCUCCUCCGUGCUGCAGAGCUUCGCCUCUGACCUCGACACGCAGGACAGCGACUCAGACUCGGAGUUCCCGUCGAUCCCGUCGGCCGUGCCGGUCACGGGGGAGUCGUACUGCGACUGCCUGGGCAGGGUGGAGCCGCCCGCACGCUUCCCCGGGGCGCGCUCCAGCAAGCGCGCCCGCGACUGCCGCUGCGGCGAGGAUGACGACCUGUUUGACUGGGUGUGGGAUGACGUGCACAAGUCGGCGGCCGUGGCGCUGGGCUGCGAGAAGCGCGAGGUGAACUUCCACAUGGACUACAGCUGUGGCACGGCGGCCGUGCGGGGCUCGCGGGAACUCUGCGAGGGGCAGCACUUCUGGGAGAUCAAGAUGACGUCUCCCGUCUACGGCACGGACAUGAUGGUGGGCGUGGGGACGGGGCAGGUGAACCUGGACCGCUACCGCCACAUGUUCUGCAGCCUCCUGGGCAAGGACGACGAGAGCUGGGGAUUGUCCUACACCGGCCUACUGUACCACAAGGGAGACAAGGUGCACUUCUCCACGCGCUUUGGCCAGGGCUCCAUCCUGGGCGUGCACCUGGAUACGUGGCACGGCACGCUCACCUUCUACAAGAACAGGAAGUGCCUGGGCGUGGCGGCACGGGGGCUGCAGAACAAGCGCCUCUUCCCCAUGGUGUGCUCCACGGCCGCCCGCAGCAGCAUGAAGGUCAUCCGCUGCCGCUCGGCGCCGACGUCGCUGCAGUUCCUGUGCUGCCUGCGGCUGCGUCAGCUGAUCCCCGCGCACAGCGACGCGCUGCAGGUGCUGCCCCUGCCGCCGGGCCUGCGCCUCUUCCUGCGCAACAACCUGGGCUGGAUCCUGUCGCUGUGCACACACGGAGCGCGCGGGGCGGACGACGGGAGCGGCGGCGACGACGACGGUAGUGGCGGCGGCGGCGGCAGCGACGACGAUGACGACGGCGGUGGCGGCGGCGGCGUUGGGGACGCGGCGGGCGUGGCGCUGGGGGACCAGACCCGCGCGGCGCAGCGCAAGAAGUGUCGGCUCAACUGAAACUUUUUUUUCGUUCCCACCACCCACCACCCGCCACCCGCCGACGAACACCGGGUCGACGCGAGGGCUGAAGAAGGCGUCCCCUUCUCUCCUGUUUUUAAAAAACAAACAACAACAACUCUGAAGGCGGGAGCAUUGGUUUGCAGCAUGCGGACCGGACUGCGCGUGGAAGAGGGGGGUGCCCGUGAACUUUGCUAAUUGAACAUGCCGUUUACAAUGACGUUUUGCUCGUGGAUGUUUUUAACGUAUAUUUUCUAUUUUUUCAUCUACUUACGCGGGGUAUUUGGUCUUUGAAAUUAUGUUUUUUCUCAAACUCCAUCUCGCAGCCCCAUUUUUUUCCCCCCGUGAUUAACCAACAGGAAUGUUCAAAUGUAAAUAUUGUAAUCUUUAUGUCGUUGACAUUUCUGUCGAUUGGUAGAAAAUGGAACUCGUGUUUGGGGGGCCAAAAGCAUGGGAGCCAGAGGGGGGGGGGGGACCCCUUGUCCACAGGGUGCGGAGACAUCCACAGAGCCGCUGCCUUCCUGUUAUCACGUUGUACUCUAAACGCAUCGCAAAACAAGACCCCUGCUAGGGUGCACACGUCAGUGCCAUAUACGUUGACAAUCGAGGUCAUACGCAGCAUCGUUGGAGACCUGGGGGCAGUUGCCAUGCCCAUUAAGGGGCCUUGAACGAACGAAUUCAAAUAUCGUGUCGUUGGAAGCGCAAUUGCUUGCUGCCAGUUGUUUCCUGGUUUAUAUAGUCUGCGUUUUACAGAAUAUAAGUCCUUUUUUUUUCUUCAACAUUUUGGUCUCGAACUGAAUGGCGACGUGUUUUAAGCGAGCACCUUUACAGGAUUCCUGUCACAGCAUUCUCAGAUGAAUGAAUUUCCUCGUUCAAAAUUUCCCAAACUUAAAUUCCGCGCAAGGCCGCCCUUGCGGUUCUUUUAACGUUCGUCAAUCUCCUUCAUUCGAUGCAAGUUCAGUCGUCAAAUGCCGGAUGUGUCCGAUGAUUGGCAGCAAAUUAAUCCGAUAAUAUGCACCGAUUCGAUGAAGAUAGACCUUUGAACUUGCACUCCUGUCACCUUGCAGCACACGGCAUGCACUUGAGAUGUCUAUCUUAAUUUAAUUUCACUCGCAUCGCUAGGGAUGCGGUCUACCAAUCGUCGGGUGCACGAAGCGUGUAAAUGCAAUUUGCAUUCGAAUUGAGGGAUUGGUUCACGAGGAAACGUGUGUGUGUACUAUAGUUGUCAUGAGGAAAGGAGUUUGGAAAAUCCUGCCCUCUCGUGCAUUUUAAUUGAAAUAAAUGUUAAUUUAUAUGUAA